AUGCCGAAGGACUUCACUUUUUCCGUGCAUUCACGUAGUUCCCACUCUGUAGUGCGAGCAAUAAUCAACGAGCACGCGCUUGCGACAAUGUCCAUGUACAACCACUCCUAUGGUACCACCCUCUCUCUUACUGUGCCCAUACCGCGUGCAUUUACAUCCCUCUGUGCCGGGCAUGACACUGCAUUGAACAGAAGCAGUGGACCGCCACUUACCCCUUCUGAGCCGAAUAUAUACUCCUGCAACCCACGACUCCGUUCACCACUCCUCCGAUUGCACAGCUUCAACGCUCCGGAUCUCAACCCCGGUGCACCACUCACCCUUGCUGCACGCCGUCGUGGUGCGUUCAUCUUCUUGAUCCAGUUACCUACUCAUGCCAACACGAACGCCCACGCCCACGCUCAUACGCUCACCCAGUCAAUCUCACAACCUGUCUCACAGGCGCAACUUCAACCUCCGCACCCGCACCCGCACCCGCACAACCAUACAACCCACAUGCACACGCAAUUCAACUUGCAGGGACCGAGCGACGACCGAAGCGUGGUGACGAAGACUACAUCAAACGGCCCAAGAACGCAUUCAUCCUCUUCCAUUGCGAAUGCUGUUAGAAAAAGAACGAGACGAGGCAGCUCGUCAUGCACUAUUGCAAUUCGCUACAUGACUGCCCGUUCGGAUAUCCACAUACAACGUGCAGUAGCAGUGCUCACAAGGACGGGAUCAACCGCAGACGCGGUCAUUACUGCUGAGCCUCUCGACGCUCUUGCUUUCUGGUGGCCCGUCUGGAUUUGGUCAAGGUGUGUGCCUGGCAAUCGACUCCCACAAUGCACUCGUUUCCUGCCCAAGUUUGAUCCGAUCGCAACCUCUGCCUACUCGUAUUCGCAUCACGGCAGACACGGACACUCUCACUCGCUCUCUACACCUCUCAGCUUUGUCCUCCCAGAGAACCGUUGGUCAACCAGCACACCAGGUGCACUACCAUCACCGUGUAUGCAUUCCCAGAUUAUUUUCCCUUUUUUAUUGUAG